CUCACCACUAUUACCACCACCACCUUUCAUUGCUGCUUAUUUCAGUUCAAAAUCUUUCACACUCCAUAACCACAAAUCAGUAAAUCGCCGCUAUACGUAGCUCUUCGCCCACUCUCAAAUCCCUCCUUGAACCCGAGCCAUCGUGCACUUCUUCUGAAUGGAUUCAGAAUCUGUUGACUCAUCAUCUCAACCUACCGUUAAAGCCUCUGAUGUUGAACAUUCUGCUGCUGCUGUCUCUCAGCAAGAUGAUAGUGCACAUCAAACUCCCUCUGUUUCAUAUCCUUCUGGCAUAUCAUCUUGGGCUAGAAGUGUGAAAUUUCCAGAGUCCUUGGGAGCAGCACAAAAGGCCUCACAGAAUGGAAAUGCUGGGAUGUCAACAUUUUCACGUUUCACUAGCGGGUUAGGGUUGCGGAUGCCUCCAAUGGCUCCUGCACCAGAUGAGAAUAAUGAAGGAAGGACAGCAACUGCCCAAUCUGGCGUUUUUGAAUCAUUCACAAAAGGGUUAGUUGACUCAUCUCGGACUGCAGUGAAGGCUAUGCAGGUCAAAGCACGUCAUAUUGUGUCCCAAAACAAACGAAGAUACCAGGAGGGAGGAUUUGAUUUGGAUAUGACAUAUAUCACCGAGAAUAUAAUUGCUAUGGGGUUCCCUGCUGGUGAUAUAAGCUCUGGGCUUUUUGGAUAUUUUGAGGGAUUCUAUCGAAAUCAUAUGGAAGAAGUGAUCAAGUUUUUUGAAACUCAUCACAAGGGAAAAUAUAAAGUCUACAAUCUUUGCUCAGAGAGGUUGUAUGAUGCAUCACUAUUUGAGGGAAAGGUUGCAAGCUUCCCAUUUGAUGACCAUAAUUGUCCCCCUAUCCAACUCAUAAAAUCAUUUUGUCAAAGUGCAUAUUCAUGGUUGAAGGAGGACAUUGAGAAUGUUGUUGUUGUUCACUGUAAAGCUGGUAUGGCAAGGACUGGAUUGAUGAUUUGUAGCCUUCUCUUGUUCCUUAAGUUCUUCCCAACAGCCAAUGAGGCCAUGGAUUACUACAACCAGAAAAGAUGCAUUGAUGGGAAGGCUCUGGUUCUCCCAAGUCAGAUUAGGUAUGUAAAAUACUUUGAGCGUGUCUUAACAUACUUCAAUGGAGAAAUUCAGCCUGGACGUAGGUGCAUGCUUAGGGGAUUUCGGAUACACAGGUGUCCUUAUUGGAUUAGGCCCUCCAUUACUGUCUCUAAUCAUAAUGGAAUUCUGUUCUCAACGAGAAAGCAUCCAAAAACAAAGGAUCUAAUGCCAGAAGAUUUCUGGAUCGGUGCACCAAAGAAAGGGAUUGUGGUCUUUGCUCUACCUGGAGAGCCUGGUCUGACCGAGUUGGUGGGGGACUUUAAAAUCCAUUUUCAUGACGGCCAAGGAGAUUUCUACUGUUGGUUAAAUACAACAAUGACGGAAAACAGAAAAAUGUUACACACAUCUGAUUUUGAUGGUUUCGACAAGAGAAAAUUGCCUUCUCCAGGAUUCCAGGUCGAAGUUGUGAUGAUAGAUUAUGAUGGCACUUUACCGAUGAGGUCAAAAGCUGAUUCUGUCAACAAGCAAUCUGAUAGUUGCUCGAGUUGCGUUCCUAAUUCAAAUACUGGGGUGCCUGCUAAUUCCAACCGAAGUAAGGUCUCUCGGAGUGAAGACAAUGACGAUGUAUUCUCCGAUAGCGAGGGAGAGGAGACUGGGGCUUCAAGGAGCAGGCAAGCUCAAGCUACUUCUGGAGCCGGAUCUGCUGCAACUGGUCAUGCAUCUAGUGCCACAGCAGAGAAAAUUGGGAGUUUGACUCAUAGAACUGAUCACCUGUCAUUCAGGAGCCAGGAACCUGCACAAACUACUGCUUCCAAAGAAGCAACUACUGAUGGAGCUGGGAAACCUUCCUCGGGCAUUGAGACCCCUAACCUGGACUCGGCAGCGAUAAGUGAUAUCAAGGCAAUUGCUGCCGAUGCUUCAGUAUUCAGUUUUGGGGAUGAAGAAGAUUUUGAAAGUGAUUGAAGCAGUAUUGAGUUUCGCUCCGGGCUGUAACUCGAUGAAAAGCACUUGUACAUACAACCAUUUUAAACAAAUGACAAGAUAGAAUUGUUGAAUAUCAGGGGCAGCGGAUAUUGAUUGAAUUCGUUAAUUUCUGUAUUUCUGUUAAUUCCAAACACCUAGUAAUAUGAUUUUGCCAA